GGGUGUCCGCGGGGCGGCGCCGCGGAACAUGACGGCGCCCUGGGCGGCCCUCGCCCUCCUCUGGGGAUCGCUGUGCGCGGGUUCCGGGCGUGGGGAGGCCGAGACACGGGAGUGCAUCUACUACAACGCCAACUGGGAGCUGGAGCGCACCAACCAGAGCGGCCUGGAGCGCUGCGAGGGCGAACAGGACAAGCGGCUGCACUGCUAUGCCUCCUGGCGCAACAGCUCUGGCACCAUCGAGCUCGUCAAGAAGGGCUGCUGGCUGGAUGACUUCAACUGCUACGACAGGCAGGAGUGUGUGGCCACCGAGGAGAACCCCCAGGUGUACUUCUGCUGCUGUGAAGGGAACUUCUGCAAUGAGCGCUUCACCCACUUACCGGAGGCUGGGGGCCCGGAAGUCACGUACGAGCCACCCCCGACAGCCCCCACCCUGCUCACGGUGCUGGCCUACUCGCUGUUGCCCAUUGGGGGCCUCUCCCUCAUCAUCCUGCUGGCCUUCUGGAUGUACCGGCAUCGAAAACCCCCCUACGGCCACGUGGACAUCCACGAGGUGAGAAGGCUGGUUUGGGGCAGGGCAAGGGUAGAGGUGGGGAGGCCAGGCCAGACGCUGUUAAGCCCUGAUCUCCAUCAGGACCCUGGACCUCCACCCCCAUCCCCUCUCGUGGGCCUGAAGCCACUGCAGCUAUUGGAGAUCAAGGCUCGGGGACGCUUUGGCUGUGUCUGGAAGGCGCAGCUCAUGAACGACUUUGUGGCUGUCAAGAUCUUCCCACUCCAGGACAAGCAGUCAUGGCAGAGUGAACGGGAGAUCUUCAGCACGCCCGGCAUGAAACACGAGAACCUGCUGCAGUUCAUUGCUGCUGAGAAGCGAGGCUCCAACCUCGAGGUGGAGCUGUGGCUCAUCACAGCCUUCCACGACAAGGGCUCCCUCACGGAUUACCUCAAAGGGAACAUCAUCACGUGGAACGAACUGUGUCAUGUGGCAGAGACAAUGUCAAGAGGUCUCUCGUACCUGCACGAGGACGUGCCCUGGUGCCGUGGCGAGGGCCACAAGCCGUCUAUCGCCCACAGGGACUUUAAAAGCAAGAAUGUAUUGCUGAAGAGUGACCUCACGGCCGUGCUGGCUGACUUUGGCCUGGCUGUUCGGUUUGAGCCAGGGAAACCCCCAGGGGACACGCAUGGGCAGGUGGGCACACGGCGGUACAUGGCCCCUGAGGUGCUUGAGGGAGCCAUCAACUUCCAGAGAGAUGCCUUUCUGCGCAUUGACAUGUAUGCCAUGGGGCUGGUGCUGUGGGAGCUCGUGUCCCGCUGCAAGGCUGCGGAUGGACCAGUGGAUGAGUACAUGCUGCCCUUUGAGGAAGAGAUUGGCCAGCACCCGUCACUGGAGGAGCUGCAGGAGGUGGUUGUGCACAAGAAGAUGCGGCCCGCCAUUAAGGAUCACUGGCUGAAGCACCCGGGCCUGGCCCAGCUCUGUGUGACCAUUGAGGAGUGCUGGGACCACGAUGCCGAGGCUCGCCUGUCUGCAGGCUGCGUGGAGGAGCGAGUGGCCCUGAUCCGGAGGUCGGUCAACGGCACUACCUCGGACUGUCUUGUCUCCCUGGUGACAUCCGUCACCAAUGUGGACCUGCCCCCUAAAGAGUCGAGCAUCUAAGCCCAGGACACGAGUAGAUCUCUAGACUCAGUGGAUCUGAAGAGGAGAGGAAAAAAAAGUUGUGUUUUGUUUUGGAAAUCCCAUAACACCAACAAACACAUAAAAUGCAGCUGCUAUUUUACCUUGACUUUUUAUUAUUAUUAUAAUUAUUAUAAUUAUUAUUAUUAAUAUUAUUUUUUGGAUUGGAUCAGUUUUACCAGCACAUUGCUCUACUGUAUCGCAAACAGCGGACACGUCAGCAGGCGUUGAGGUGCUGAGCUGUGAAUGCAGAACCAGCGCCGUGCUGAAGAGCCUCAGCCACCUCCUGUCCUUGGGCUUCAUUUUUCCCGCUUUCUCUUUGUUUGUUGUCUCAGAAUCUGUGACACAAAGAAACCCAUCUCCUGUCUUAGGAAACUUAAUGCUGCAAACUCUACCUAGAGGAACCUUUGAAGACUGUUACAUAAGAACACACCUUCCUCAAAAGAGGAGUUUCCCUCUGCCCUUGUCUCCCUCCCUCCCUCCCUCCCUUUAUUGUGUUUUUCUCCCUUUUUAGACAGUGAGUUUAAGAAACAGCAGAUGUGUCUUUCACGGAUUAACGGGUGUUGUCCUGACCGAGGAAAAACUGGGAUGAGGGUGAGGAUGGUUUGGACUGGAGUUGGAAGGGGAGGAUGGAGCUAGGGGUUGGGUUUGGAACAGAGCUACACUGGACUCGGGCACAUUCGGAGCAACAUCCUUUGCUAUGAGGCUACUUCUCAGGUAACCAGGAAUCAAGGGGAAGGACAGUGUGGAGGCCGAGCAUUAACGGCAAGAGCGGGGUUUGGAGAAAGGCCAAAAGCAGGUGUGGCUCUGACCCAUCUGCUGGCCCUGACCAGUUUUUUUCCACUGACUUGGGCUUGGGCAUAGGACUAAACAUUUUUCUGCCCUAUUUUAAGGUUAGGUAAGGGUAGAAAUCAUCACAGUUUAGUGAGUACAUUCUUCGUAAGACACGAUACUAUAAAUAUCUUUAAUGGAGGAAAAGUUGAAAUAUGUUGCUUCCUCCUGGAGCAGUUCAGGGAAAUGGCCACGGGGAUGUCCUGCACAGCCAGGGCAAGAGGAUUUCCUGGGUGGGGCCCACCAAGGCUUGCCUCUCUGGAGACCCUGAGAGUCCUACAGCACUGGCUCUGCCCCGAGUGGUGACAAAACUGUCCUCUUUAUGUGGCUCGUGGACACGGCUUUCUCCAGACCCCUUAAAGUGGUGCAUAUUCUAAAAACCCUUUCUCUAUUAUGCUAUAACCUUGCUCUAGUCAGUGAAUGUUCCUAAUGCUGCUGUUUCAACAUUUGAAUUUUUUUUAAUUUAUGAAACACGCAAAUUUUUUUAAAAACAAAACACACACAUCCACAUAUACACACACUUUGCUAUGUGGCUUCCGAGGUUUAAAUUUUGAAAAGUAAAAGAAUUAAAACUUCACGACCACAGACCACCUCAAACCAGAAAUACCUCAAAAUUUUCUACUUGUGUAAGUUUUAUUAUAUAUUUUAUUAGUUGUGUUGUCUUGUAGUAAGUAUAUUUUAAUGUAAGUUGGCUUUUAUGACAAGAAGGUUUAAAAGAAAUAGAAAGGAAAAACGUUGGAGUUGUCUAGGGAGUGCUGCCAUUUUUUGAUAACACCCCCUUGUAAAUAAUUGUCAUCGAUUGUAGGUUGGCUGUCUGGGCCAAGUCUGGGCAUUCAUCACUCU